AUGUUUGGCCCUAUGCUGCUCUGCUGUUGGUCCUUUAGUCUGCUGCGUCUCUCCUCAUCUCUGGUUCAUGGGAAAAUCCAGCUGGACGACGGUCCAGUUGCUGGCCGACGCACCGAAACCUCCUACAUGUCUGACAUUGGGAGAGGCCAUGCCCUCGACCCCGGACAUGAUUCUGCUCUCCUGCCUGUCAACUCAGUGGAGAAUCACUUCCUAAUGGAUGCAGGGUCCUAUGACGAGGACUCUUCAGCGGCCUUGCAGCUGCAGGGUCGGGCCAUGCGUUCAUCUCGUCGCUGCAUCCCUCAUCAGCAGUCAUGUCUGGGUUACCCACUGCCCUGCUGUGACCCCUGCGACACCUGCUACUGCCGCUUCUUCAACGCCAUCUGCUACUGCCGCCGAGUUGGCCACGCCUGCCCACCCACACGCACCUGA